GUCGGCUGGGCCGCGGCACCGGACCCGGAGGAGUUAAGUGGGCGGUGCCGGCGGCGUCUCGCCCCCCGCCCGGGCCGGCCCCCCGGAGGCCGAGGCGCCCGGCCUUAUUUAUAGCGGCGGCGCGCGGCGCGCAGCGUCUCUCCCGCUGGCCCCGGCCGCGGCGUUCCCGAGCAGCGCGCGUAGCGGCCCCGCGCCCCGCAGCCAAAGCGCCAUGGAGCGGCCGGCGCCCCUGGCCGUGCUGCCUUUCUCGGACCCUGCGCACGCGCUGAGCCUGCUGCGCGGCCUGAGCCAGCUCCGCGCGGAGCGCAAGUUCUUGGACGUGACCCUGGAGGCGGCGGGCGGGCGCGACUUCCCGGCGCACCGCGCCGUGCUGGCGGCCGCCAGCCCCUACUUCCGCGCCAUGUUCGCCGGGCAGCUGCGCGAGAGCCGCGCCGAGCGGGUGCGCCUGCACGGCGUGCCGCCCGACAUGCUGCAGCUGCUGCUCGACUUCAGCUACACGGGCCGCGUGGCGGUGAGCGGCGACAACGCCGAGCCGCUGCUGCGCGCCGCCGACCUGCUGCAGUUCCCGGCCGUGAAGGAGGCGUGCGGCGCCUUCCUGCAGCAGCAGCUCGACCUGGCCAACUGCCUGGACAUGCAGGACUUCGCCGAGGCCUUCAGCUGCGCGGGGUUGGCGAGCGCGGCGCAGCGCUUCAUCCUGCGCCACGUGGGCGAGCUGGGCGCGGAGCAGCUGGAGCGUCUGCCGCUGGCGCGCCUGCUGCGCUACCUGCGCGACGACGGGCUGUGUGUGCCCAAGGAGGAGGCGGCCUACCAGCUGGCGCUGCGCUGGGUACGCGCCGACCCGCCGCGCCGCGCCGCGCACUGGCCGCAGCUGCUCGAGGCCGUGCGCCUGCCUUUCGUGCGCCGGUUCUACCUGCUGGCGCACGUCGAGGCCGAGCCCCUGGUGGCGCGCUGCCCGCCCUGCCUGCGCCUGCUGCGCGAGGCGCGCGAUUUCCAGGCGGCUCGCUACGACCGCCACGACCGCGGGCCCUGCCCCCGCAUGCGCCCGCGCCCCUCCACCGGCCUCGCUGAGAUUCUGGUGCUCGUGGGCGGCUGCGACCAGGACUGCGACGAGCUGGUCACCGUCGACUGCUACAACCCGCAGACGGGCCAGUGGCGCUACCUGGCGGAGUUCCCUGACCACCUGGGCGGGGGCUACAGCAUCGUGGCGCUAGGCAACGACAUCUACGUGACAGGCGGGUCCGAUGGCUCCCGGCUCUACGACUGCGUGUGGAGGUACAACUCAAGUGUGAACGAGUGGACGGAGGUGGCACCCAUGCUGAAGGCCCGCGAGUACCACAGCUCCUCCGUGCUGGACGGUCUGCUGUACGUGGUGGCCGCGGACAGCACGGAGCGCUAUGACCACACCACUGACUCCUGGGAGGCCCUGCAGCCCAUGACCUACCCCAUGGACAAUUGCUCCACCACUGCCUGCCGUGGCCGGCUCUACGCCGUCGGCUCCCUGGCCGGCAAGGAGACCAUGGUGAUGCAGUGUUACCACCCUGACACCGACCUGUGGUCGCUGGUGGACUGCGGUCAGCUCCCACCCUGGUCCUUCGCCCCCAAGACAGUGACUCUGAAUGGACUCAUGUACUUCAUCAGGGAUGACUCUGCUGAGGUGGAUGUAUAUAACCCCACGAAGAACGAAUGGGACAAGAUCCCAUCUAUGAAUCAGGUGCACGUGGGGGGCAGUCUGGCCGUCCUCGGAGGGAAGCUCUAUGUCUCGGGGGGGUACGACAAUACAUUUGAACUCUCCGACGUGGUGGAGGCCUAUGACCCGGAGACUCGGGCGUGGAGCGUGGUGGGGCGGCUCCCAGAGCCCACCUUCUGGCACGGCAGUGUCAGCAUCUUCCGCCAGUUCAUGCCCCAGACGCCCUCGGGCGGGCGCGGCUUUGAGCUGGACGGUGGCAGCAGUGACACGGAUGUGGGCCGGCACCGGCCGCCACAGAACCCCAAUGAGCUGCACUAGCCCCGGCCUGGCCCAGGGAGGGCCUCGGUGCGGGUACCCCAGCACCUCGUCGGGGGACAGCGAUCCCCUCCUUCGCACACGAAGACAAGUUGGGCUCACCAGGUGGAGCAUCGGCUCUUGGGCUGCUGGCUGAGCCUCAGGAUCUGACACCUGGAGAGCUUCUGUGCAUUUAGAGCCUGAGUCAUAGCUGCUGGGCGAAAGCUGGUUGCAAAUGCCUCUCCCUUGGUCCAGGAAGAGCUGUCUCCCUGCGGGCCCGGGUCUCUGGCUCCAGCAGGUCACCCCCAACCUGCAGACUUACCCCUCAUCAAAGCAGCGCACAGCUCUCCUGCUGCGACCACCUGCAUCUACUUGCUCCCACCUUGGGAGAGGAGGGCCGCUUCUGAGGUACGAGUAGAGGGACUGGGGUCCUCCCAUGAGAGUCUGAGAAUGGCCUGGGCCUCCUGCUUUCCUGUGGACCUUGCCGUCCUGAAGCAUCAGGAAUCAGGGAGACGAUGGCUGCAGUGGGAUCCCAAACUCCAUGUCUAGUGCUGGACGUCCCAGUGGGCCAGCUCCCCAGAUGGAGGGUGUCAGCCUGCCUGGCUCCUCACCUGCUGGAGUCACACUCCAAAACACCCCUCACAGGAGUGGGCCUCCCGGAGGUGAGCUCUCACUCGGGGGCACAGGGUGGUGGGACUGGACAGGUGUAUGGCCUUGAAGGGGGCCCAGAGGGACCUACAGAGUGUUUUCUGUCUCCAGUGGACCUGGGCUGAGGCAGAUGCUGGGUGUCCCCGUCUACCCACCCCACCAGCUGGUGUGUCCCCACCUGGCCUGGAGACCUCUCUGGGCUUCGUCCCAGGCCACUGCAGGAGAGGUCAAAAGCCUGCAAGUACAAGGUCAUAGCUUAUUAUUGGGAGGCCCUGGGAGUUUCGUUGAAACCCAGCCAGCCAGCCAGCCAGCUGCAGACGCCCUUGCCGGCCUAAGUGAAGAAUCCUGCUGCUUCUAAAGGAAACCUUGGGUGGGGCGGCCUCAGCGGUUGGCUGCAAGGUUUGAAAUGCAGUUUGGUCUGUCUUUAAAAGAAGGGAGGCAGCUAAAAACGGUCCGGCUUGUUUGACUUUUGAUCUGUCACCGUGCCGUUGCUGAAACUUGCUGCAGGGCUGGGGGGACGCCAUAAGGCCAGGGGCCAGUUCCAGGAGGGCAGCAGGAGAGCUCCGAGGAAACCCUGCAGCUUGGGGUCCCCGGUUUUCUCCGGGGAGUGUGAGUGUUUCUGUGGACUGGGUGGUCUUGUCCCCUUCAGCUCCCCAAAGUAGCCUUUGUCUGAAUUUGUCUUCAUUCUCUUCCAGAGAAGAGGAGGCUGUUGGCAUUUUCCUUGUUAGAUAAGUUGAAAGCAAAUGUUCAUUGAGUUGCCUUUUCCCUGGGAACUAACUUGGAGAUGUGUUCUCACCGGGACAAAAACCGUCAGCACUGGCACUUCACUAAUGGCACUUCAGGCCCUUAAAUUGGUCAGAUGGCCCAGGUUCUGGGGAGGAAGGCUUGUGGCCUGCAGGUUCGUGGGCAGAGCCCAUGCCUUGCCCUCUUCGUGCCCAUGAAGAGCCCCGGUGUGGUAUCAUUGCUGUCGGAUUAGACAUCUUGCCCUGGAACCCCUGCUGGAGUGGCCACAGCUCACAGCCAGCCCUUCCCAUCCCCUGGGGGUGAUUGCUCACCCGAGCCCUCACUGUGUGCCAGGCACUGUUGGAGGUGGGUGGUGGGGCUCCCCGACUGGUCAGGCCCUGCUGUGGGCUCCUAUAGGCCUCUGGGAAACAUGGGCCUGGGCAUCUCGGGGUCAGCCAGCCUGAUGCUGUUGCUUUGUGCCCCAGGCCUUGGCCCAGGUGGGUGCUCGACCCUCUGCUCCCUUGGGGACCCUCCCCCAGGUCUCCACCUUCAUUCCUCCUCAUCUAGUUCUCCCUCAGUGAGUCAGGGCCGGCCUGCCUUUCUGCCCCUCAGCCCUAGAUGCUCCCUCUCCACAGCCCUCACUUCACUCCCCAGGGGCUCCUGGGGCCUUUUUCUGGCCCAAGUGCCUGCCUGGCAGGCUGAGCCCACCCAGAGGUUGACCGUGCCCGGUGGGGUGGCUGUCUUCAGUUCCUUUGCAGGCAGAGGCUUCCCAGGCACCGUGGCUUGUCACCUGUCUGUGGCAGGGGGACGGCAGGGCAGGGCUGGGCUGCACAGCAUUGAUGGAGACCUGAUUAUGUACUAGAAACAGAGCUCAGUGCCAGAUGACUAUGCCCUGCCCAGUGUGGGGACACGCCACGCAGAUAGAUGUUGUGAUAACUGCUGUGACAGGGAAUCCGGGAGGGUCUCCCAGAGGAAGGAUGUAGGCCCUGAUCUCAUGGGAAAGACGCCUGGUGCCCUUCCUUGGGGCUGUCUCCAUAGAGGGCCCCCUCAGCAGCCCAAGAAGGCAGGAUGGGGAGCAGAGAGUGGACGUGUGCCGGACGGUCACUGGACCUCUCCCCGCCCUCCAGGUGGGUGGGUGGGGUUGUGGCUCUGUCAAGGUCCAGGAGUUCCCACGGGCAGUGACUUGUGGGGAGAGGUGUCAUGUAAAGCUUUAGUGUUGGGACAGGGGAGCUGCAAACACUUUCUUGUUUUUUUACAAAACCAGCCUCUGGAGCCCACCACAGGGGUUAUGGUCAGCACUGCGGGCCAGAGCCCUGGCUCCAGCCUUUGUCUGGCCUUCCUUGUGGAAGCUCCCCCCUCGUGGCAGGAGCCCAGUGUCCUGGGUUCCCCUUUCUUUCUCCUCUUUUUGGUACUUCACCAUGACUGGCCACCACAUGACUGACCAUCCCGCUGUCUGGCAGCUUCUCAGAUAACGGUUGGUUUGGUGUGGGCCAGUGAAGGCGAGAGAGGGUCAGGUUUCGUCCUUCUCUAUGUUCACUCUCUAGAACUACCUGGGUCCCCAUCACCUGGACACCCCAUCUUUGGUUUAAAAGACCAAGGAUGAGGGAAGGCGGCAGCCUUGGCAACAGCAGGUCCCUCCAGGAUGCAGCUGGGGGUCCAAGAUCAGGGACGACUCUCCAGAAAUGUCUGCUCCCCUUCCCUACCCUCCCCGCUUCCCCUGGGCACAGGUUCUAGGCUGUGAAGCCCCUGCCACUUACGGAUGUCUGUACACUGACUUGGGGGCAGAGGCGGGGCCAACUGGUGGUGGGACUGUCUCUGCGUGUUGGAUGUACACAACUUUAUCAGUCUCGAGACAAAUUAAGUUAUGAAAAUUCAGUGACUAGUAUUUAAUACUGAUCUACUCCUAUAAAGGAUCUAUAUUUAUGACUUCAGAACUUUUAUGUACUAAAGGACACCACCUUCCUCCAGUGUCCGACAUCCAGUCCCAGCCCCAGGCGGUGGGCAGAUUUGCGUAUUUAUUUGUCUGUUCUGUAGGCUUACAUGUCCAAAAUCCUGUUUCAGGUUUUAGGAUGCCUUCAAUACAUACUUUUUGAAAUAAAAAAAUUUCCUAUA